CUCACUCCGCAUUUCCUGCAAAUUCAAUUCAAAUUCAUAUUCCCCGCCCUGAGGACCCCUUCCCGGCCAACUUGAAAAUGGAGAGGCCGGAAAACGACCCGAACCACACCGUCUCCCCUUCCUACAGGGGCGUGAGGAAGAGGAACUGGGGGAAAUGGGUGUCGGAGAUUCGCCGCCCCAAUAGCCGGGAGCGCAUUUGGCUCGGCUCCUUCGACUCGCCCGAGAAGGCCGCCCGGGCAUUCGACGCCGCCCUCUUCUGCCUGCGCGGCCGCAGUGCUCACUUCAACUUCCCCGACACCCCUCCCGACAUCCCCGGCGGAGAAUCCUUCUCAAUCCACGAGAUCAAGGUCGCCGCCGCCCGUUACGCGGACGCGGAUUCCACGGCCAUCGGGUCGGACCCGUCGCCGCCGUGGUCUUCUCGCGACGGGCACGGAGUGGAAGGUGAAAUGACAGAAAUGCCCUUCGGCGGCGAGUUUCUCCGCCGUGCCUCCUCCCCGGGCGCUCCUUCGAACGACCACGACUACGGUGUCGUUGCCGAGGAGAGCUUCGGGUACUUUCCGGGAUUCGAUGAAUUUGCAAAUGACUAUUAUGCCCCGCAAACCAGCGAAUACAUCGAAGACCAAUACGAUGGGUUCUCUUCUUCCCAGGGCUCUUUUCUCUGGAAUUUUUGAAGCAAUUCAUUCGCUUUUUCUUGUAGAGAAUGAAUGGGUAAUCAUUAA